UUUGCUGAAAUUUUGCAGCUCUGUGUUUUGGAAGGAAAGUUGCAUUUUUUUGUGAGAAAGAUAUCUGCUUGGUAUAGGGAGCACUUUAGAGCUUUUGAACUGAGCACGUCACAUGUGAGGGAGGUGGCUGUCAUUGCACAUGAGGAACUGGUUGAUGAAUAUCCCUUAGCUGCCUACUCUGUUGGAGGACUGCGUCUGGUUACUCUAAAGAGAUCUGUGACUUUUCUUGGAAAACAAAAUUAAUACUUAUCUUCAAAAUGACGUCACCCCUAAGACUGCGGAUAAUCCUGGGUGAAGAUGAUGCCAGGAAGUUGAUUCUUCCUGCAGGGACACCGGUCUCAAUUGAAGAUUUGUGCCACACAGUAAAGACAAGUUUUGGAUUGCAGCAAGAUAUUCGACUUCAAUAUCAGGAUGAGGACUUUGGAAAUGAGUUCAUGAAUAUGUCAGAUGUCUCAGAAGUAAAGAACAAAGGCACCCUUAAGGUGAUAUUUUUGCAAAGCCCACAGGAGGAAAAUGCAAGAACUUCUCAAAGCCAAGCAACAGAGUCUGUAUCCAUCUCCUCUGCUGACACAGAUGAUACAGAGCCCAUUUCAUCUUCAGGUUCUUCACCAUCCUCAAGGCACUGGGUUUGGCCAAGUGUCUUCACUGUACCACAAUUUAGCUAUGAGGCAGAAUUUGAACUCGAGAAGGCCAACACUGCCUGCGCCAAUGGCGGAACUCUAUUGAACCCUUCACCAAAACUGAAAUCCCAAAUUCUGGAACGACUGGCUGAAGAAAUAUACAAAUUCAAAGCCUACCCAACAGACAAUGAUCUGACUGAUGUUGCAGAAGCUCUUGUGAAAAAGCAUCCUUGCCUUAGAGAGCAGGGGUCUUUCAAUGGCUGUUAUGGGUGGAAGAUUAGCCUAAAAUAUAAAAUGGCUAACCUCCGCACCAAACUGAGAGGCCUUGGAUGUACAGAGGUGACCAUAAACUCCAUCAAAAACAAGUCUGGUGACAACCGUCAGGCAGCCUUCAAUGUGAAGAAACCCAAAAGAGCUGAAGUUAACUAUUGUCCACACCAUCCAAAAGGACAGACAUCAGAAAGUCUGGAACAGGAGAGAGUUGCAAUUCUUUCUGAGUUGACUAAAAGAAAUAAUGACUCUGUUGUGAGUGCGAAAAUGGAGAAGACUUUCUCAUACAGAAGGCAAGAAGUUCUUCAGGGUCAGCCGAUGGUUGCAGACUUCAAAAGCAGAUGGCAAGCUCUGUUCACUGCGAGAGAGGACACAAUGGUAAGGUGAAAACUGCUUCCAGGACAGAAACAACUACAUUAUGCUGCAAACACAACUUCAGCUCUUUGCAAGCACCUGCAUGGACAGCAUGCUAAUGCUAAGCUUGCCAAGAACCCAGAGUGACAUUAAAUCUGAGUGAAUGAUGACCCCAGAGCAGCAGCCAGACCCUGAACUUCAACAGAUCACAACACCACCAAGACACCAACAACAGCAACAACAACAUCAAAAACGGAGAAAUUCGCGACCAGUCUACGACGACCUCUACUGACUCCUCCUGUCAGACCUGCAGGUCCACACGUUUCUUAAAAGAUGGAUGCUGACAAUCUGGAACAAGCUGACCAUCCCGGUACAAAAGGACAUAUUCAUCUCCCAGGUCAGCUUUGCUCCAGUUCACAACUAUGUUGUUGUUGUUUGUAACUCGACAUGUCAGAGUGACAUCUUGUCCAGACUCGGCUGUGAUGGUUUUGUGCUCUGAAAGAGGAAACAACACAGAGCCGAGAGGUUAAAGGUCAAAUUACUACUGUUCACUAGACAGCAGCCAAUCUGAGCAAGAAUCUAAAUGGGGAAGACUGACUGCUUCCCACUUGUACGAAUUUUAGUAUAUUAAAAAAAUGGUAUGUUUCUGGCAUAAUAUCUGUUGUAUAACAUGCAAUUAUCUGUCUGACAGUAGUAAACAACAACCAUGCAGGCGGUGAAGUGGGUUCAUUGAAAACUUAUGAGGUCUUUAUCACAAAACAAUUGACAUUUAAAACAACACAAAUAUACUACAAUAUUAAAAAGAAUCGAGUUCCUGCAGCUUCGCAGAACAAACACGUGCUGAUAAUAGGUGAACAUAAUGCACGGGAGAAAGCAGCCCUCUCAUUAUAAGACACUGUGAGUCUGCAUGCUGCCUUUAUGGAGCUACAGCUGUUUGUAUACACUGAACAAAAAGCUUUGUAGCUGUAUACUGACUCCUGAAACUACAACACACAAUGAAAACCAUUUGGUCAGCACACAGACACCACAAGAAAUCGUUAUCCCUUCAUACACGCUGACGCACUGAAACUAAUCCACACUGAUGUUUAUUCCUCUUUAUCUCAGAGGGAAACACUCUUUGGUUUAUAAACCUCACCUGCAGAGACAAACACGACGAAACGGACAAACAGCAAAGUCGAGCAGAGCGACGCAGUUACAGCAGACAUUUCCGUUUUCUCUGUUUCUGCUGAUCAGACUCUUAGUUUGUUCUAAAAGUCUGAGUUCGUUGAUUUUUUUCCAGUGAAUAACAGAACCUAAGUCUUAAAACUGACUACAUGAGGUUAAAUUUGAGGUCUUAAUAAAGCUGAGAUAUUUGUUUUUUAGCCACUCAUUCAAACGCCACACUUCCGUUAUCUCUGAAGAAGUCGCGUUAGAGUGACGUUUGUUACACUGCGCUGUAGGACGAUCAUAAAUAAGUGCGUCAUAACUAAAGCGGUGAAAUCUAAAGUGGGUCUGAGUGUUUAAC